UCCCGGGCUUAUCCGCUUGUGUUGCUACUGAUUUCAAACAUCCACUCUGGACACAAUGAAGUUAGACCAAAAGCAAAACUGACCAUACAGCCUGAUAAACGUGUAUUCAGAGGAGAGACAGUCACUCUCAGAUGUGACAUACAGGAGAGAGGAGUCACUAUCUGGCAGUACACCUGGGAUAAAGAUGGUUCAUUCGUCCACCAAAAUAAACUACAGGACUACAAUAUCAGUUUUGUUACUCAGUUUAAUGCAGGUAAAUACACCUGUUAUGGAGGAGAUAUAAAAGGGUCACAAUACAAAUACACCAGUAAUGAAGUUACUCUGACAGUCACAGAUUUACCCAGAGUUACAGUGAAUGUUGAGCCAGACAGUUCAGUGUUCACUGGAGAGAGAGUGACUCUGAAGUGCGAGAUAGAGACUCAGUACAGUGACUGGAGAUAUCAGUGGUAUAAAAACAACACUUCAGUGUCUGCAUCUGAGCAUCACACUGUAAACAGAGACACUUUUACUAUCAAAGGAGCUGCUGAAUCUGAUCAGGAUCAGUACUGGUGUAGAGGAGUGAGAGAUAAAAGACCUUCAUCCUCACAGGACAGUAAUCAUGUGACUCUCUCUGUUAAAGAGCAUUUUGAAGCUGUUUUGACAGUGAAGCCUAAAAAUCAGCUGUUCAGAGGAGAAACAGUCACUCUCAGAUGUGACAUACAGGGUGGAGGAGACACUGAGUGGACAUACAGCUGGACUGUAAAGAAUACCAACAACGGUUAUAAAAACACUGUCAAUCAAUGCAAGACACAGGAGUGCAAAAUCAACAGUGUUGAACACACACACAGUGGUAAAUACACCUGUAGUGGAAAAACAAGAGAUGGACAAAACUCAAAGAUCAGUGAUGCUGUUACACUGACUGUAUCAAUUUCAGAUUGGAAAGCAGUUUUAAGUGUAUUUCCACAGAAGUGGGUGACUGAAGGAGACUCAGUGACUCUGAUCUGUGAGGUUAAAGACUCCUCUACAGACUGCACAUUUAGCUGGUACAAAGAAGAUAAUACGUUAAAUUAUAAACUCCUGUCAGACAGCAGCAGAGGAGCUGGAGGAAACUACACUCUCAGUUCUGCUGCUGUAAAUCACACAGGAGUUUAUAAGUGCAGCGCAGAGAGAGGAGAACCAGCCUAUUACACAGAUCACAGCAACACACAGCUAAUAUGGGUCACUGGUGUCUCUCCUUCAGUGUCUCUGAUCAUCAGUCCCAACAGAACUCAACACUUCUCACAAGACUCUCUGUCUCUGAGCUGUGAGGAUCAGAGUAACUCUACUGAAUGGACAGUGAGAACAUACACAGACAGAUUAAGUGUUUGUUCAUUUUCACACCGGGCAUCACAAACAGGAUCUACAUGUAGAAUCAGUCCCGUCUACACUUUUGACACUGGAGUGUACUGGUGUCAGUCUCAGUCUGGAGAGAAGAGUAAUCCUGUUAAUAUCACUGUACACAAUGGUCGUGUGAUUCUGGAGAGUCCUGUUCAUCCUGUGACUGAAGGAGAUUCUCUGACUCUACGCUGUUUACAUCGAUAUUCAAAUCCCUCAGACCUCACAGCUGAUUUCUAUAAAGAUGGAUCACUCCUCCAGAAGCAGACUACAGGAGAGAUGAUCAUCCAUACUGUCUCAAAGUCACACGAAGGUUUCUACUACUGUAAACACACAGAGAGAGGAGAGUCACCCAAGAGCUGGAUCUCAGUCAGAGCCUCAAAACCUCUGUCUCAUGGCCUGAUAACUGCAGUGACUGUAGGACUGAGUGUCACGCUUUUGAUCAUUUUCAUACUGAUCCUGCUGCGGUGCUACAAAAACAACAAAGGUGGAGGAUCUUUGUCUCCCUCUAUUGUCAAUCAACAGCAGAAUAUCAGUCAGACAUCAGAGCUGGACCAGAGUGAAUAUGGGUGUACGGCACUGCACUCCGGCACUGAUCACAUUUAUGAUACCAUUCAUGCAACAAUUAAUGCAUACACAAGCACAGCUGCUGUGCGGUCAACUGAAUGUGCUGCUCCUCUCUGUCACUCACUGAACAGAGUAGACGCAGAGAGUGGUGUGCCUGCGGUGGGAAAGCAAGGCCUCACACCAGGGCCGGUCAAGCCAUUAGGCGACAAAGGCGAGCGCCUAGGGCGGCAUCACUUCGGGGGCACCGAUCUACCAAGCCAAUAUGACCCUGUCCUAAAUGGCGCACUUCAUGUGGACUUGCGUCAUUAUUACAUCAUUAUGGAGCUCAGUCCACUUCUUCUUGUGCUCUUACUGAUUUCAAACAUUCACUCUGGACACAAUGAAGUUAGACCAAAAGCAAAACUGACCGUACAGCCUGAUGAACGUGUAUUCAGAGGAGAGACAGUCACUCUCAGAUGUGACAUACAGGAGAGAGGAGUCACUAUCUGGCAGUACACCUGGGAUAAAGAUGGUUCAUUCGUCCACCAAAAUAAACUACAGGACUACAAUAUCAGUUUUGUUACUCAGUUUAAUGCAGGUAAAUACACCUGUUAUGGAGGAGAUACAAAAGGGUCACAAUACAAAUACACCAGUAAUGAAGUUACUCUGACAGUCACAGAUUUACCCAGAGUUACAGUGAAUGUUGAGCCAGACAGUUCAGUGUUCACUGGAGAGAGAGUGACUCUGAAGUGCGAGAUAGAGACUCAGUACAGUGACUGGAGAUAUCAGUGGUAUAAAAACAACACUUCAGUGUCUGCAUCUGAGCAUCACACUGUAAACAGAGACACUUUUACUAUCAAAGGAGCUGCUGAAUCUGAUCAGGAUCAGUACUGGUGUAGAGGAGUGAGAGAUAAAAGACCUUCAUCCUCACAGGACAGUAAUCAUGUGACUCUCUCUGUUAAAGAGCAUUUUGAAGCUGUUUUGACAGUGAAGCCUAAAAAUCAGCUGUUCAGAGGAGAAACAGUCACUCUCAGAUGUGACAUACAGGGUGGAGGAGACACUGAGUGGACAUACAGCUGGACUGUAAAGAAUACCAACAACGGUUAUAGAAACACUGUCAAUCAAUGCAAGACACAGGAGUGCAAAAUCAACAGUGUUGAACACACACACAGUGGUAAAUACACCUGUAGUGGAAAAACAAGAGAUGGACAAAACUCAAAGAUCAGUGAUGCUGUUACACUGACUGUUUUAAAUUGGAAAGCAGUUUUAAGUGUAUCUCCACAGAAGUGGGUGACUGAAGGAGACUCAGUGACUCUGAUCUGUGAGGUUAAAGACUCCUCUACAGACUGGACAUUUAGCUGGUACAAAGAAGAUAAUACGUUAAAUUAUAAACUCCUGUCAGACAGCAGCAGAGGAGCUGGAGGAAACUACACUCUCAGUUCUGCUGCUGUAAAUCACACAGGAGUUUAUAAGUGCAGCGCAGAGAGAGGAGAACCAGCCUAUUACACAGAUCACAGCAGCACACAGCUAAUAUGGGUCACUGGUGUCUCUCCUUCAGUGUCUCUGAUCAUCAGUCCCAACAGAACUCAACACUCCUCAUAUGACUCUCUGUCUCUGAGCUGUGAGGAUCAGAGUAACUCUACUGAAUGGACAGUGAGAAUAUACACAGACAGAUUAAGUGUUUGUUCAUUUUCACACCGGGCAUCACAAACAGGAUCUACAUGUAGAAUCAGUCCCGUCUACACUUUUGACACUGGAGUGUACUGGUGUCAGUCUCAAUCUGGAGAGAAGAGUAAUCCUGUUAAUAUCACUGUACACAAUGGUGGUGUGAUUCUGGAGAGUCCUGUUCAUCCUGUGACUGAAGGAGAUUCUCUGACUCUACGCUGUUUACAUCGAUAUUCAAAUCCCUCAGACCUCACAGCUGAUUUCUAUAAAGAUGGAUCACUCCUCCAGAAGCAGACUACAGGAGAGAUGAUCAUCCAUACUGUCUCAAAGUCACACGAAGGUUUCUACUACUGUAAACACACAGAGAGAGGAGAGUCACCCAAGAGCUGGAUCUCAGUCAGAGCCUCAAAACCUCUGUCUCAUGGCCUGAUAACUGGAGUGACUGUAGGACUGAGUGUCACGCUUUUGAUCAUUUUCAUACUGAUCCUGCUGUGGUGCUUCAAAAACAACAAAGGUGGAGGAUCUUUGUCUCCCUCUGUUGUCAAUCAACAGCAGAAUAUCAGUCAGACAUCAGAACAGGACCAGAGUGAAUAUGGGUGUACGGCACUGCACUCUGGCACUGCUCACAUUUAUGAUUCUGUUCAUGCAACAAUUAAUUCAUACACAAGCACAGAUGUCACUGGGGCAGAUCCAAGUGAUGUCAUGUAUUCACACGCCAACAAGGAGAAAAAGAAGCUAAAGAGCAAAGGCACAGUAACAGGGCCUACAGACCUAACCUAUGCUGAGAUUGAACUGAAAUCUAAGAAGGAUGUAAGGAAAAACAAAGGAAACAAAGGUGCUGUUUGUGGAUCAAGUGAUGUGACCUAUGCUCAGAUUAAAUAAAAGACCAGAGCUGAAACUUGCAACAUGCAAACAAGCAAAUAAAUAAAAGCUUGCAGUUUUUAUGCUAAUGAUAUUACAUAUUGCUGUGCACCUUCCAUAAACUAGGCCUUUAAAUCUUUAAAAAAAAAAAAAAAUGCUUCUGAUGAAAUAUAAAUUCAGCUUUACAAAGCUUGUUUUUAAUGUAAAUUAAACCAAGCUUAUUGUUUUUUCUACAUACAGAACAUACAGUGGAUUCAAAGUAUUGUUAAUUUGCUAAGUCAGCAAACUGAAGUGGUCUCUAAUUUUAAAAGCUUGAAUUUUAUGUAACUAAUUGUCAAGCCUUUAUGUGCUUCAGAGUAAUUGCAUUAUAAUCUUUGACUCUCUGAAUAUUUUUCUGAAAUUUGUGCCCUCAGGAGGCCAUACAUUUUUUGGUUAAUUUUUGUAUACUUUCAAAAGUAUUUUUUAUAGAUAUAUGUAAGGUAAAGUCAAAUCUAAAUAGAGUAAUAUAUACAAAAAUUAUAAAAAGCGAUACUGCUUUGCAGAAGCAAUAUUAAAGGCAUUGUUCACCCAACAAAUGAAAACUCUGUCAACAUUUACUCACCCCUUAUGUCGUGUGUUGCUGUCAAACUCCAGAAAGCAAAUAAAAGUACCAUAGAAGUUGUAUACACCUAAAGCCACAAGAUACAUUAGUGUGAGGAACAUACCGAAAUGUCAGCGUUAUUCACUAAAAAGCUUGCAAAGUUAGCAAAUCUGGUAUGUAAAUGUUAGACACACGUCUUCGUUUACAUCUUUAUUGGUUCUCGCACAGGGCUGUAGCUGAUGGGGUGAAAGGUGGUAACAAUUCUAGGGGCCCACAGGUCCAGGAGGCCCAAAAAUAAUUUUAAACUUUUUUUUUUUAUAUGAAAGGGGCAGUAUACUGUAAGGCGGCCCAGAAUUCCUUGCUACGGCCCUGUAUCUCUCAUGUAUCAUCAG